UCUCCUGGCUGAUUCGGUAGUUCAGUAUUGGCUUUCAUCAUGAGAACUUUGUGUGUGAUUUUUGUGGGCCUGCUCUGCUGCUCCUUGGGCUCCUCGAAGCUCUUCGAUGACCAGCUCCGUGAUCUGACAGAGUUCCUGCGAUUGCAGAUGCGUUGCGGCUAUCCCGCACGAGGUGUACCGGUGCUGGCACCCGCAAAGGUAGCCUACCAGGCGCUGGACCUUGCCACGGAAAGCUUUGGAUGCCGGGGAAACUUCACGGAACUAACUCUGGAGGGCCUCGAUGGCUACGAGUUCUCGAAGCUCGAGUGGAGUAACAUUUUUCACACAAUCAAGUUCGACAUCAACUUCCCGCGGGUUUCCGUGAGCAGCUCCAAGUACAUGCUCGACAUUCUGGCCCGGCUCUUCGGCUCGGACUUUGCCCUGUGGGGCGAUGGUGUCUUCAGUCUGGAGCUGAUCGACUUCCGGGCAUAUGGCAGCUUCAUUAUCCGUCCGACGACAGCCACCAGCGGAGUGUACGUGAAGAGCUGGAAGGUGAACUGGCAGCUGGGCGAGGCACGGUCCCAGACGACGGGCAUCAUGAACAGUCGUCUCUACACGAAGUUUGUCAACGAUCUUGUCAAGGACUACCUGGAGCUGCUGGUCAACGACAAUCCCGCAGAGGUCUCCCAAUUCAUGGAGGGACUCAUUGUGCCGCCACUGAAUGCGGUGCUGGAGAAUGUGGCCUGGUACGAGAUAACCGCCAUCAUUCUAGGCCUGGUAAAUGGUGUACUGCCAGUGGAGCCGAUUUGUUGAUUGCAAUCAGUUCUCUGUGU